AUGGGUAUCGAUUUGGACAGGCAUCAUGUUCGAGACGGGCACCGCAAGGUCGCUAAGAGCUCCAACCCCUACAUCACUCUUUUGGUGAGGCUGUACAAGUUCUUGUCCCGCCGUACCGAUGCCAACUUCAACAAGGUUGUGCUUCGCCGCCUUAUGAUGUCCAAGAUCAACCGCCCUCCCGUUAGCUUGUCCAAGAUCGUCGCCACUGCCGCCAACAAGCAGUCCGGCAAGGAGCACGCUGGCAAGACCAUCGUGAUCGUUGGAACCGUCACCGACGACAACCGUCUCCUCGAGCUCCCCAAGCUCUCCAUCGCCGCUCUCCGCUUCACCGCCGCUGCCCGCGCCCGCGUUGAGAAGGCCGGUGGUGAGGUCCUCACCAUUGACGAGCUCGCUCUCCGUGCCCCUACCGGUGCCAACACCCUCCUCCUCCGUGGCCCCAAGAACGCCCGUGAGGCUGUCAAGCAUUUCGGCUUCGGUCCCCACUCCCACAAGAAGCCCUACGUCGCCAGCAAGGGCCGCAAGUUCGAGCGUGCCCGUGGUCGCAGACGGUCCCGUGGUUUCAAGGUCUAAGCGACCUUGGUGGAAUGGAACGGUUUCUUUGGCUCGUCGGCGCGCGCAUGGCGGGUUGGCUUCAAUCAAAUAUGGCGUGCAUCAUGUCUGGUAUGGGCUCCAAUAUGGGCGCAUAAAAAUGAUACUCAAUGUCCAAUUAUGCAACGGAAUUAAAAAGCAAGAGCUCUUCGGAGCCCAUGGAAUAAAAUCCAAGGAACACCAUUCUUUCCAUUGCAA